CGCUCAUCGAAUUCCACCGACCAAUCAGCGUGCAGAGAGUAGCCCAUCUCUUGUUCGUGCAGUUCUGUCAGUGACGCGACAGAACUUUACAGAAACAUAUUCAGGUUUUUCAACAGGCACGACGCGUGUCUUCCUCACAAGUUUCUGGUACCACUUGUAACUUUAGCGGCUGGUAUGGCUGCGAGUUCAUGCGAGGCCGGCCUGGCAGAGAGGGAGGAAGUGACGGCGGGGGCUGUUGUUGGGACACGUGACCAGAGCUGCGCUGAUCUGUUUUGACAAGCAGUGAGGGAGGGAUGUGAGGAGGGGAGGCAGCAGACUGUGAGCAUCACGACUAGGAGGAUUCACUGUUUCAUCUACAUGUCGUCUGAAUAAUGUCAGUAUCGGCCUAGUCUUUCUUAUUUCAGCAAGUCAACUGGUCUGUCAGCGCUGAAUUAGCAUAUUCUACCCGAGUAAACGCUCGCGGGGGAAAAAACGUUGCCCUCUGCUACGAAGCGGAGUUACGUUAGAGUCUAUUUGUUGUUGGUUUGAAAAAAAGUUUUAAUGAAGAUCGCAAAGGGAAGUCAGCACAGGUGGCGUUUGUAACGUUGAAUAGAUGGCGACUAAUCGAAGGCUGGAGAUGGAUAGAAAGCGGAUCAUAUCGGUGUGAUGUCACCGGUUUAACGUUUCGUGAGAAGAAUAAUGCUCUGAAUAAUGUUCUCGUCGUAGCAGAAAAAAAAAGAAAAACACCGAGACCGUCCGUCAUCGGAAUCGGUAUAUUUUCAGCUCAACGGUGGCUACCUGCGCUAUAUUGGGCUCGGGGUGUUUGGGAGGUCGUCGUCACCAGUAGACGCUUAACCAAACAAGUGACUGAUUAAGUUAGCUGGUUAGUUACUGCAGAGUUAGUGAGCCCCCCGGAGUCGUUGUGAGUAGCCCAUGUUACAGGAGAGGGGGACACAGAGAUGCAUCGCGACGUAACUGUGGUUUAGGUGGUGGAAUUUGAGACGAGCUGUGAGAGUAGCCAGCGUGCUAGUUCACAUCACUAGUAGUCCGGUUGGUUUACUCGCUAGCAAGCCGACUGACAACUCCAUUACCUAAACGCUAACUGCGACUUGGCUAUCAGCUGUCUUUGUGUUAGUCUAGUCGGACAAUACAGUGCGACUCGAUGGAAGCGUACAGUAGUAGCAUGCUAACAAAGCAAUGCUUUGUUGUUGGAUAGGGGGGCAGAAGCUGGCACCAACACACAAGGCACCAAAGCUGAUAUUAUUGCUUAGCUAAUACUAGCAGGUCUCAGUCACAGAGAGGGUUUUUGGGGGGGGGGGGGGGUCCACGCGGAGUGAAAGAGACUACUGAGAAGACCCUACAGGAGAUCGUGAAGGCGACCUGAUGACACUGGACAACAUGAAGUCGGAGAGAGAUGCCACGGAGGAGUUUUUCGAGUAUGAUGCCGAGGAGUUCCUGGUGUUUCUCACCUUGCUCAUCACAGAGGGACGGACGCCAGAAUAUUCUGUGAAGGGCAGAACCGAGGGGCUGCACUGUCCGCCAGCCCAGUCGGCCAUGCCGCCUCUUCACAAGCACGAAUGCAGCGACAAACUGCCCCAGUGUCGGCAGGCGAGGCGAACCCGUUCGGAGGUGAUCCUGCUUUGGAGGAACAGCAUCCCCAUCAUGAUCGAGGUCAUGCUACUGCCAGACUGUUGCUAUGGUGACGAGUGCCCCCCGAGCGACCCCAUCAGCGACCCGAUCAUCAAACAAGACGCUCUGCUGCUGGAGCGAUGGACCCUGCAGCCAGUCCCAAGACAAAGCGGUGAUCGCUUCAUUGAGGAGAAGACGCUGCUGUUGGCUGUUCGCUCUUAUGUCUUCUUCUCUCAGCUCAGCGCCUGGCUCAGCGCCUCCCAUGGUAUCGUCCCAAGAAACAUCCUCUACAGGAUCAGUGCUGCUGAUGAGGAGUUGGUGUGGCAGUUCUCCCAGCCACCUUCAGAACACAUUUUCCCGGUUCCAGAUGUGUCCCAGAGUGUUGCCCUGCAGCUCCGUGUCCAGUCACUCCCACGCCAACCCACCUAUCCCACCCUGGCCUGCAGCAUCCAUACCGGCCUGCCUCCGCUUUACAGCAAGACCGCCAGCCUCAACCCAAACCUCAACAGCCAUGGUGGCCUGCCCACCCACAAAAAGAGCCAGGACCCCAGAAAAGACGACCUCCUUUACAACUCUAACAUGUACAGCAAGAGCUCCAACCCCAUGUCUGGCCUUCUCCUCAAUGGAUUACCCAUUCCUCAUCUCCCCAUCAACAACAUCCCCAUUAAUAGCCUUCCCCACACGGCUGUUCCCUCUCCUUACAGCAAGAAGAGCCAGGAGCCAGGUGAGGACCACACAUAUCAGAAUGGAGAGCUUCCGCAGGUCAACAUCCCCCAACGUCAGGGCUCUCCACGGUUCCACAGGUCCUCCCGCUCCCCCACGCCCUCCCGCUCCCACUCGCCCUCUCCACUUCCCAUAAGCAAGGCAGGGAAGUGGCUGUACUCGGCUCUCAAUGGUUCAUCUGACCCCACACAAGUGGAGGAUUAUGGGUCUGGCACCAACAGCAGUGAUAGGUCAAAGGGGUCCAUCCCUGAGCCACUGAGAGCUUUUAAGAAUUUCUCCUUGGCUGAGCCGCCGCGUUGCCCCUCCCCAAGGCCUGCAAACGAAACAAACCCACUGAUUGGCUCCCUGCUGCAGGAGAGACAGGAAGUAAUUGCCCGCAUCGCACAGAGGCUCAACUUCUGCGACCCUACAGCACCGCCACUUCCCCCUGGCCUUUUUGCUUCUGACAACCCUCCCAAAGCCACGUGGGGCAACAACCAUGACGACAUAACUGCCAGUAAGACCAAAGAGCCCGAGGUACCGCCCUAUGAGUCUGUGGGACGCGUGUGGCCCGGCCACUUCAACACGCCCGUGACUGACACUUCUUUCAACAAAUGGGAGUGCUCCUCCCCUAAACCUGCAGCGUGCAGGAAGCUGAAAAUGACCGAGACAAGAGACGCAGAGGAUGAGAAAGAGAAAGAGAAGGAAAAGGACAGGGAGAGAGACGGCUCCCUGAUCGCCCAGGCAGUACAAGACAUAACUAGACUCAUCCAGGAGAGACUGUCCGUCCCCUCUCUGUCCCCGAGGCACAGCAGAAGCGGCAGCCAUCUGCACCACACGCACACGACAACAGUCACACACACGGUCCGCACAUACUCGCACACCACACACAUCCCACACAUCCCACAGGCCUCACACACUGUCGCCAACGGCCACAUACCCAGCCAUCAUGAAACUCACAGAGGCAGCGUUCGCACCGCUGCCACACAUGCACCCGUUUGCACAGACGAGCCCCGGGGUGAUCCGGGGACCGAAUGCCAUUGUCCCAGGGCCCAAAAUGGUGCUCACUUUACACUUGAAGAACCCUCAUUCAAAGGCCAGUCCCACGCCCAGGCUGGUCGGCGUUUACGAACUCCCCCACAGGAAAAGCUCGUAGUCAGGACACCCAGCAGCCAUGACACCCCUUCUGCCUCCCAUGUCCUUGAGAACAGCCCAAGGAAUGCCCAGAUCUUUAGUUGGAUUUGCAAUGAUGCCAGCCCAGCCAUGAACUGUAACAUAAGCCACAACCACAGCAAGCCUCAGCCUCAGCUUCAGUCCCAGGUGCAGUUCUGUGCACCAGCCCAGGCCUCUGCCCUGCAGGAUGAGAACCAGGCACCCUCGAUGUCUGGAUACUCCAUCACCUCCAGUCCAGACAUGACUCCCCCUUCUACUGUCCUGCGAGCCCACAGCCCGUCUCCGCUUCGCCCCUGCAACAGCUGGAAGAAACAGAAUUGCCACUCUUUGGAUGCUACAGCGACCAAAGCCUUUCACCCCUGUACUGGCCUGCCUCUGCUCUCCAGCCCUGUUCCUCAGAGGAAAAACCAAACGGGCUACUUUGAUCUGGACAUCUCUCUGGCUGGCUGUAAGGGUUUGCCUUGGGCCUAUGGGAAGAGGGUGUGUCCAAAGAGAGAGGGGUACACCGAGGACUCACAGCAGCUGUUCAGUGCCAACGCUCCACCUGUCGGUCUCAGUCUGCUGGGAAACUUUGAGGAGUGCGUGCUGAACUACCGCCUGGAGCCUUUAGGGUUAGUGGAGGGUUUCACAGCAGAGGUUGGGGCCAGUGGGUCCUUCUGCCCGAGUCACAUGACCUUACCUGUGGAGGUGUCCUUCUACAGUGUAUCCGAUGACAACGCUCCCUCACCAUAUAUGGGUGUGAUCAAUCUGGAGUCCCUGGGGAAAAGGGGCUACCGGGUACCUCCAUCAGGAACCAUUCAAGUGACCUUAUUCAAUCCCAACAAGACAGUGGUGAAGAUGUUUGUUGUGAUGUACGACCUACGAGCCAUGCCAGCUGGACACCAGACCUUCCUGCGCCAGAGGACCUUCUCUGUUCCCGUCCGCCGUGACACAAACAAUCAGACCAGCAGGAAGCACCUCGGUCAGGGACGCACCUUGCGCUACCUCGUUCAUCUGAGGUUCCAUAGUUCUAAGUCUGGGAAGAUCUACCUCCAUCGGGACAUCCGUCUGCUGUUUUCCAGGAAGUCCAUGGAGGUGGACAGUGGAGCUGCCUACGAGCUCCAGUCCUCCACAGAGUCCCCUAUUGACCCACCAUUCUCUCCCCGCUGCUGAGACAUAACCCCCUCCCUCCUCCAGUUGGCAGGCGACUACUGAAGCUUCAAUCACACCUUGAUGCCAGCGAUAGACUCUUGCGCAACCCAUGGCUAGGCAAACACUUCUAAAAGAAAAUUUAAGGACUGCAGUCUCACAAGACUCACCUGGCAUGUGCCCAAAUAUAUCUUAUGUUUCAUCCCUUCUGUCACCCACAAGGGGGGGGGCUCUAAGAGCCUGGGAGAUUUGAUGGAAAUGGUGUUCUUUGUUAACUGCACAAAGAGUUCGGGUCAUAGGUUACUAUUAUAGAGUAUGUUUCAGGUCCAGUUCUCCUGGUUAAGAAGGCCUCACCAGAUGUGAUAGGUCGUUGUUUUUCCUGCUGUUGUGUGUAUCCCCUCCAGCGUCUGGCAGGAGAGUAGAGACCAGUGAUUGUCUACAGAAGCAGUUAGACUUUUCAAAGAUUUCCGCAGAGUUUAGGGUACUGUACUCAAAUCAAAACGUUAAUUGGACUCAACAUGAUAAAUCAGCAUUCAGUCGCAAUUCAUUUAGUUAUAAAUGCAAAACGAGGCCCUUUAAUCGUUGAAGAGCAGAUCGAUUGACCUGAAAGUGAACCCUGUGAUUCCUGAGCUCGGAGCAGAGGGAGUGGAAGAGGAACAUCAUUCGCUCGUCCAAAAGAAAAACGUACCAUGGACCACUAAAGAAGUUGAACAAUCAUUCAGCCUAAAGCAUCACAGCAAAACAUCAAAUGUGCACUGUGGAUUUUUUUUCUUCUCAUAACUGGAAAUGAAACAGAAAAUAGUAAUAUUCUAAUACUUUUGUACUGUUACAGAACCUCUUUAUUGGAAGUGUUGCAAUAGAAAGAGUAAUCUUAGUUUAGUGUUUACACAUUCACUUACCAUCAGUUUAUUUAAUAUUUAAAUUAAUAUUUCAGUUACUACUUGUGACGUCUGUCAUGCUAAGAUGAUGUAGUGCAAACUGUAUAUCAUAGUAUGUAUUUUUGACAUUAAUAUUCAAAUCUGAAAAAAAUAUAUCUAUCUUCUAAAGCAA